AGCAGAAUCCUCUGUCCUGGCAGAGCUCCGCUGCUACUUUGACUUCACACAUCUUUCCUGUAUAGAGUCAGCCGGUUUUCUGUUCCUGUCUUGUCUGAGGCACGGGAGCCAGGGGUCGGGAACUCCCAGAGACGCACCAGGUCGGCUCCACAGCAGGCCAGGCUCCGCUCCGGACUCGCGUGGCGCUCCCCGAGGCCUCCAGCUCCUAAUGGCGGCGACACUGAGCGUGGAGCCCGCGGGCCGCAGCUGCUGGGACGAACCGCUGAGCAUCGCCGUGCGCGGCCUGGCCCCCGAGCAGCCCGUCACGCUGCGCUCUGUCCUGCGCGACGAGAAGGGCAUGCUCUUCCGAGCCCACGCGCGCUACCGCGCGGACUCCCACGGCGAGCUGGACCUGGCGCGCACGCCCGCGCUGGGCGGCAGCUUCUCGGGGCUCGAGCCCAUGGGGCUGCUCUGGGCCAUGGAGCCCGAUCGGCCUUUCUGGCGCCUGAUCAAGCGCGAUGUGCAGAUACCCUUCGUGGUGGAGCUGGAGGUGCUGGACGGACACGAGCCGGAUGGCGGGCAGCGGCUGGCGCGGGCGGUGCACGAGCGUCACUUCAUGGCUCCCGGGGUGCGGCGCGUGCCCGUGCGCGAGGGCCGGGUGCGCGCCACGCUCUUCCUGCCCCCAGGCAAGGGCCAGUUCCCUGGGAUCAUCGAUUUGUAUGGAAGUAUCGGUGGCUUAUGUGAACAUAGAGCCAGCCUUCUGGCUGGGCAUGGUUUUGCCGUGCUUGCCCUGGCUUAUUUCCAGUUUGAAGACCUCCCUGAAAAUCUGAGUGACGUUCGCCUGGAGUACUUUGAAGAAGCCUUAGCUUUGAUGCUACGCCAUCCUCAGGUGAAAGGCCCAAAUAUUGGACUUAUUGGUGUCUCCAAAGGUGCUGAUCUGUGCCUCUCGAUGGCUGCUUUCCUGAAGGACAACAUCACAGCCACUGUCCUUAUAAAUGCCUGUGUGGCCAACACAUUAGUACCUCUGUAUUACAAGGAUCUGUUUGUUCCUGAGCUUGGGUGUGAUCAAACAAAAAAUAAGUCAGGCCUUAUGGAUUUGAGGGAUAUGUGGAACAAUCCACUGGAGGAACCCAACCACCAGAGUCUUAUCCCAUUGGAAAAGGCCCAGGGACCCUUCCUGUUUCUUGUGGGCAUGGAUGAUCACAACUGGAAGAGUGACGUCUAUGCUCGUAUAGCCUGUGAACGCCUGCAAGCCCAUGGAAAAGACAGACCCCAGAUAAUCUACUAUCCAGAAACUGGUCACUGUAUUGAGCCACCUUAUUUUCCUCCUCCCAUAGCCACUGUACACUUCGUGUUGGGUGAAGCAGUCUUCAAUGGAGGUAAGCCACGUGCUCAAUCAAGGGCACAGCUGGAUGCCUGGCAACGCAUUCAAACUUUCUUCCAAAAAUAUCUCAAUGGUGAAAAGCCUGCCAGGCACAGCAAACUGUAACAUUGUAAUUAUAUCGAAAGUUCUAAUCAUGCCACACAGAUUCUUCUGGGUUUUCGGAAUACUAAGGAAGUUUGGGUUUUUUGGGGGGGAGGGCAGGGGUGGUGGGGACCCAGAUUAGGUCUCACAUUCACAAUGUAGACAAGGAAGAACUUCUAAUCCUCCAGCUUCCACCAUGCGUGUGCUGAUAUUGUAGUUCUACACGGUCAUGCCUAGUGCUAUGCCUUGCCAAGGACAAAACCCAGAGUUUUCAUAGGAUGAACAUCAAGGGACUAAGGGUUAAUCUAUGACAGGCUACAAACUGGCAAUUUGGGAGACUAGGCCUAAGUUUCUGUUUCUCAGAAAUGAGAACCCAGAACCUGUGGUCAUCCAACCACGGCGUCAGGCAUUCUAUCCAAGAACACCUUGUCAUCUGGCCUGAAGUUAAAAUAGAUAGCUAAGAUAAAUGAACAACCCUUCAGUGAGGUCUCCAGAGCCUAACCAAUUAUAAAAUUAGUUAGACCCCUAUUGAUAGAACUAACCAAUCAAGAUAAAGGGCACAUCCCCCUCCUUCAAAUUCCCCAGACAAUAAAAGCUGGGCCUUUAAGCCCACUAGAGGUCUCCACUCCCAAAUGGGGAGACAGCUCCAUAUUAUUAUUAUUAUUCAGCUAAAUAAAUGCUCUUUGCUUUGACAUACUAUUUAAAUCUGAGAUAUCAUUCUCUGGUGAGUCUUAUACCCUAACAGGCAUGCAUCCAGCCAGCAAAGCUGCAUCCCCAGCUCCCUACGAAGCUCAUAGGAAGCUCAGCCUCCUUGUAAGGCUCCCACUGGACUCUGGGCCUUUGCAAUGACUCUCCUCUCAGUGCUGGGGUUUCUCUCUCCUCUGAAGUUCAGCUAAUGGAUCUGUUUAACUCUGUAAGACCAACUUUAACCUUAAGUAAAAGAAUAUAAGAAGUAUUUAUGCAACUCCCAGUUACUGGACUGUCUUUUAUUCUGCUUGUGAGGGAACCCACCUGCCGAAGACAUACAACAAAUAGAUUCUCUCUCGGUUUUUUGUUUUGUUUUGUUUUUUGGGUUUUUUUUUGUUUGUUUUUGUUUUUAGCAGUUUUUAACAUGCCUGAAAUUUGCUCAAGACUUCACCCUGACCCCCAAGAUACUUAUCAAUAUAGUUACCGUCUUGUCUGAAUUACCGAUCACUGUGUGAUAUUUUCCUGUCUGGGAAAAAGGUUUUGAUGUCAAGAUGACUAUGACUAUGAAAUGUGAGCCAGAGCCUAUGGCUUUGGGCACAGUUCUACCCACGGAGUCACUUUCUCCUAUCCCUGUCUGCUCUUAUUACAACCGAGAAGACUAGUUGCUUCCCCUAGUUGUAGUGAAGCGUUAUCUAGUCCUGAGAUUCCAGAGUAGAGGAUCAUCCCUGAGCACAAGAAAGUCUUCCAAGACUUCAGGUCAAACCCCAUGGUUUCCUGGCUGUACACAGAACCUUUCGCCAAGCCAGUAGCUUUCACUUCUCUUUUCUCUGAGCGGUAGGCUAAGAACUCUUGCAUCUUGCAUGCUGUCCCACUGUUAAACAUAAACAUGACCAUCCAAGCCUUGUUGUUGCUUAUAUAGCCAGACAAACUUGUAACCUCAUGAUCUGAGCUUUCAUGAUAAAGCCUUGAACCCAACUACAGUCAAAUUCUCUGAGCUCUGGUCUUCUAGCCAUUCCUCAAACAUGGGCUGAGUGAAUAAAUCUGUGCGUUAUAAUUUGGGUUCAUUGUGGCUGCUGUUUUCACUGUUGGUUUGUUUCUCCUUAAACAAGGCCUAUUUGUUUUGAAAAUAAAAUGUGUUUUGGACAAACUUGA